AUGUACCUCGAAUAUCAAAUUUUCCAGCUUGACCUUUAUGUUUACAGGGCCCUGUUGGCUGUCGGGAUCGGACUUCUUGACGGCGACCGGAACUCCGACGCCGACCUUCGACGGCGCGAGCGUCUUCCCGUCGACAUACCCCUUGAAAACCCGGCCGAAUCCCCCCUCUCCGAGCACCGUGUCCGGCCGGAAGUUCCUGGUGGCGCUCCUCAGCUCCGCCAGCGUGAACAUCUUCAGGUUCGGCGUCACAAUCUUCCCGCUCGCCGGAACCGGCCCUCCGCCGCCUCCCUGAUCCAUCGCCGCCGAUCCGCGGCGGCCGUGGCCGUUGGCUGA